UCGAAGUGGUAUCGCGCGGGGGCGGAAGCGGUGCGGAAAGUCCAUUUCGGAAGGCUGCGUCUGCCGUCUAGAACGGACGGAGGGCCGAACGGUUCCGUUACUGAGGGCGCGUAUUCCCGGAAGAGUUCGCGCGGGGGGUCAAGGGGCUUUACCGGAAGUGUACCGCUCGCCGGACCGGAACCGAGCGAGACCGAGCCUCGGCGGAGCGAGACGCAAGUCGGCCCUCGGGAGUGCCGUCCACCAUUUUGGGUGCGCGGAGGUUAUUCCGUGUUCCUCGCGGAAGCGUCGGGACGCCCGUGACAUCCUCCUUCGGAGUGAUCUCUCUCUUUUCUUCUCGCUCUUCCUCAUCCUCCUUCUUCCUCUCUACUUCUCUAUUGGGAGUUUCUCCGCGAGCAGAGAAGAACGAGUGAUUUUCGGGGAGGAAUCGGUGUCGCGACGUCGCUGGCACGGAGAUCAGCUGGAUCGCCCUACCGACCCAGUGCAUCGUCGGGAAGGUCCUGGGACGUUCCGGGACGUCGUGACGUCCCCGACGCCGCGGGACUGGAGCCAUUUUUAUGCGCUGCAUGCCGGGAGGAGCGGUUCUCCCGCUGGAAACUGGGUUACCGCGUCGCUUCCGCUCGAAUUCCUCCUCCGCUCGUCGCCCGGAGGUUUCGUGCUUUCAUGUGACGGGACUGAAAAGUGUGCUUCUUACCCUGCUAGGAUGCGAUUCUGUAUGCGGUGCUAAUACGACUGUUUAGUGAAGGAAAUUUAUGCGGGCAGGAAAGGCGUGGGUUCGGACCUCGAGGGUGAGGAAAAGUGGUGCGUCAAGUGACUUACUGUUGUCGGAGCUCGUUGGAGAGGCGUGGAUUUAUUCGUUGAAGCAACAGAGAUUGUGGAUUCCCGAUGUCGAUCGGUCGCGGCAUUUUGUGCGGGAAUAGAAACCUAUAGGGAUGUAAAUCUAUACGUGUAGGGAAAGCGAAACGUGUUCGAGUUUUAGAAGGUGGACGGACAGAGUGUGCGAAUAGAUCUCGGCAAUCGGGGAAUGUCAUGCGGGAAGAGGAAAAGCGCGGAUUAGUCGAUGAAGAAUAGAUCGUGUUUUCUCCUCUCUCGGCGGAUUUCUCCCCAAGUAUUAUGCGGGCAGAGGAGUGUGUUAAUGACGAAGAAAUGCUACCUAGAUACUUGAGACAAACUAUGCCGAAGGUGGCAGUAAUUGAUCUGGGUUGAAGUUGUCGAAAAAAUCGUGUAGAGGCGUGCACCUGUGUGCUGGUUGAUUCGGCGAACUCUCAUCGGGGAAAAUUGCGCAGGUGAAGCGGACUGGAUCGGUUCACUUAAGAGAGAUAAACGUGAUUGAGUUCAGGAGUGCGAAUAGAUUCUGCGGAUCGGACUUGCUAUCGGAGUGUCGGGCAAGAAGAGAAGGCUGGAUGUGUUUAGGGAGGAAAACGUGCUGGGACUAAACACUGUAUGCGACCUAAUUAAUAUUUGUACCGUGGAACGCUGUGGAGGGGUUAAAAAGGCGUGGAUUUCACAUAUAGCGAAAAAAAUGCGUGAUACCUGCGUUCGAUGAGGCACACUUUGUGAUUGGCUCUUAUUGAGGAGGGAGAGCAAAAUAAUGUGCGGGUCCGUAUGGAUUAGGGAGAGACGAUUCCGUGCUUGGAAAGGGAAAACCGUGCAGUGGAAGUAUUCUUCAGGGAAGGAGGAUGUAAAUUUUUUCCGUUUGUCGAGGAAUAUGAAUUAAUUUUACUGACAUCCCCUCCUCGAAUAAAGUGUUGGAUAUCGCAUUUGCUGAAAAAAAUCGCACAUCCUUACAAAAAAAUGGGAGAGUCUUUAAACUGAGAUACGCUCAUGUAUGGCUCGCUUGGAAAACUCGACUUGCGUGCCUCAGAAAAUCGAGAAUCGUGAAAAAUCCUCAUCCGAAGAAGUAUUCUUUACGCAGGAAACCAUUGAUAUUAUUACAAAAGAGCAGCAGCAGUGAGUUUUGCUUGCUCGUGCAAAAUUUAUUUCUUCCCAAGGCAAAAGAAAAAAAAAAAAAUAAACCUCCCCAUCUUCCUAUUAAAAAGUUGUGAAUUUUUCACGCCGAGGGAAACUGGAGAUUCCGUUUAAAAGAUGUCUUCUUCAUGCCGAAGUGAAUUGCCAAGUCUUACUCCUUCGGAAAGCUCACUCGUCUGUCAAUGAAUCGUUCUCGUUUAAGAAAUCGUCCCUCUCGGAAAGAAUUGCGAUGUGUAAACUUGCUUCGUGACGACGAAGACCAAGGAUACUUACCUGCGAUUAUAAGCAAGGGAGCUCAUUUAGCAGUACAGACGCACAAGGAAGAGAAAUCUUCUACAAAACAAUGCAGCGAGGUUUGAAGGAUUCGCGAGAGAGGGACGAUCGCUAAAGAAUCUCCGAGUCUCAUGGGGUGGCAAUCGAUGGAUCUUGAUGGAAGGAGGAUGAAUCUGACGAAUUCCGCUCGAAAAAGUCGCCAAAUGUAUCACUCUUCCAAGGACAUGGCCAGAAAUUAGACCGACAGACGCGUCGGGAACGAUGGAGAUCGAGUGACUUCGGCAGAGGACCGACAAGUAGUUUUAGAUGUUUUGUAUGAGUCAGUGAGAUCGAUCGGUGCGUCAAUUGUUAGUGCUUCGGAAGUGCUCUCCCCGAUUUUCCUUGCCAAAGGAUUACGCGUGGCGGCCGGAUCCCUCCGUUUCGCGAGACAAUCCCUGGUAUGCGUAGUACGGGCGUGGGGAUCGUUCCGGGACUGGUGAAGGGAUCAAAGGAGGGUCGUCUGGCCGCUCUCGAGCGGUUCGAGGGCCGGUGAGCACGAAAGGGCGAGCAACCACCUUGCCGACAACCAGCAACCCUCCCGUCCGUCACUGUCGACGAACAACAGAACAGAUGUCCUGACAGUGGGCCCCGGGCCACCAGGAUGCCGACAGACGACGACUAUGGCCGAAGAGAUCGUCUCCUGUUGCACCAGCACCCGAUCGCGCAGUACGGGUCCUCGUCAUCCCCGCUUCCCGGAUCGAGCGCGCCGAAUUCGAGCGGCGUGGGGACCCAGAUUGGUCCCAGCAAUCCCAGUGACUGUUUUAAGCAGCAAUCACAGCAGCAGCAAUCAUCCGAUUUGCGUUCGGUCACGAGUACCGCAAGCCAAUCGGGUCAAGAGCGUCACCAGUCGGACCAACAGACCCAAAGCAGCGAGCAUGUCGGAGCCCGAAUGGUCGAUCGGCAUGAGAAAUCCGCGGAGAAGCCUACGAUCGACUUCUCCAAGUGCGGAGAGGGUCGUCCGUCGAAUUGCUUUGGACACUAUCAGGCCCAAAGUGGCGAACAUGUGGGGAGUCGGAUGGGGGGUGAGCGGCACGAGAAGGAUAAGUCUUGUAUCGAUUACUCGAAGUGUGGAGAGGAUCGUCAGUCGAGUUGCGAGCGUUUCGGACAUUAUCAGGCCCAAAGCAGCGAGCACGUGGGGGGUCGGAUGGGGAGUGAGCGGCACGAGAAAUCAUCUGACAAGUCGUCGGUCGAUUUCAAGUGCACCGCUGACGGUCGUCAAUCGAGUUGCGAGCGUUUCGGCCAUUAUCAGACUUCGGCAUUCGGUCAGUCCUCGUUGCAGGGACAUUACGGCGGUGCGCACGCCGGCGCUGACCGCUUCGCGCGAUUCAACGACCUCAGCGCGCUGCACGGCGAGCAGCGAGGCCCAAACGAUCGUUACUCGGUUUGCAACCCAGAGCUGCGCUUCGACACAGCGGGCACGAACGGGUCCAGCGAGUAUGCGAACGCGAAUGCGCUCGCAGGUUCUUUUGUCACGGAGACGUUCCCAUCACCGCCAUCGCCGGCACCGGCAAACGACCGCUUUGUCCCACCACCGCCAUUGUCGCCCAGUCCGAGUGAGAAGUACGCCUCGAGCCAGAGCCUGGCUGGUUACUCUUCUGCUGAUCGCAUUUUGCCCCCCAAUUCUCCGGGGCCCAAGUACGGUGCCGACAGUGCCGUUGCAGCGUCGAUACCCGCCAAGGAACGCUAUGCCUCUGCCGAACGACUGUUGGCCAAUCAGCAGUCAGUCACAAGCGACGCUAAGGAUCAACAACGCUACGUUGGACCUGAUCGUCUGCUCUCGGGAUCCUCCCCAGUUCUGGGAGGACUUCAGGCUGGACUUCAAACGGGGCUCCAGAGUAGCGCAGUCUAUGCCAAAGAUACUCGCUACGCUACCAUUUCCGCGGACAGGAUAUUAUCCUCCUCGCCGAUACAUGCUCCGGUGCCCGAGAGAUUCGUUGGCAAGUCGGAAAGGUACUUGGGCGAGUCACCCAUUCACGAUAGGUAUUCACGACAGGAUCCAUCAGCGACAGCACAUCAUGAGCGGUAUUCGGCGAUGGCGGCGGCCACCGAGAGGUUCCUCUCGAAUUCGCCUAAUCCUGAGAGCGCGCAUCAGCGCUAUUCAUCGUCAGACCGUUCAUCACUUCAAACUUCCUCCAGCAGUAGCGAACAAAAUCGACGCCUCUACACUGACAGAGGGGUCGAGACGGUUUGUCAGAAAUAUACCGAUCGGUCCAUCGGUUCUCCAGCGUCCGCCGACUUCGGUCGGUACUCCGGUUUUCCGGAAGUCGGCAGUCAGACACGAUACGUGUCCAGUAACGACCGCUUCAACGACCUCGCUCUACAGCGAUGCAGUCAAUCGCGAUCGAUUGAUAGGUUUUCCAGUGAUCGAUACCUGGCUGGAUCGUCACCCGCACACGACAGCAGGCUAUCCAGUGCCGAGACACCGCGCUACAUUGUCUCUUCCACCGAACGUCUGCUGGCGCCGACAUCCUCUUCGUCGUCCUCUUCGUCAGAGACUGGCUCCAGGUAUCAUUCGCCCUACACAACGACUACCGGUACCCAAUCAUCGGCCUCUAACGAGCGCUUCGCGUCAAUCUCACCGACAUCCGAAGCAUCAUCAAACGUCCACCGCGGUGUGGGUAGCGGUAGCUAUCAAACUACAAAAGGCACCGUUGACAAGUAUCUGGUCUCGAAGUCGGUUCAGAGCAGCUACGAUCGUUACUCGGUCGGCAGUCAGAACGAUCAGUUUGGCCAAGAUCGGUAUUUUACCAGCGGCGGUAGUGGUGACCGAUUUCAGACUACUCCCGGAGCUGACCGCUUUCACACUCCUGCUGAUCGCUAUUCACCGGCGCGCAAUUCCGCCGAUAAGUAUCUGUCCCUGCCAAAGCCUAAGGACAGGUACACUGGCCGCAUAACACCUAUCUCUUGCGCCAACUCCGUCGUGACGUCCUCCACCGAUCGCACCUACUGUUCGUCUAAUGUGAGCUAUGUACCCCCAACUGCGCACACUCCAGUUGAACGAUAUGUGCCACAGCCUCCCCCAGAAGUGCUCUACCCGGACAGAUACGUGGACAGGUAUGUACCACCCGCAGCGCACACGCCAACCGAUCGAUACGUGCCCGCGAGCGAUCCAGGUGAUCCAUAUAUGCGUCGCGACCUUGGCUUUCAUCACCAUUAUCGGCUACCGCCGCCUGCUGGUUACCCGUACCAGUCACAUUUCCGGUUCCGUGGCUUUGCGUACGCGACGUCCGGUCGGAUGGGCGGGAGUCCCGGGUCCAGCAGCUCCAGCAGCACGACGUCCAAUCAGCGUGAGACGUUCGCCACGUCGCCGUUGCUGAGGCCUAAAGCGCGUGCUUCCGCGGUCGAAUUUGGUGCGGCUACAGGCACCGCCGGUACCGUCAGCACUGUCGGUGCUGCAACGACCACGACGACCGCUGGCAUCGGUGUCGGUCGUCAUGUGUGCGCGAAUCCGGCCGCCUGUUGCGGAGACACCAAUGGCAGAGCUUGCUGCCAGAUGAGGAGGUCCCUGCCACCUGGAACACUCCCGGCGAUACCCACGCAGACUUCUUCAUGGCAACCAUCGCCGAGUUCCGGCACAACCGGCACCUCAACGGUAUCGUCGACGACCGGCGAGGGAGACACGGCGCAGAGCAUUGGUAUGUACCCGGUGGGCGUCGCGACGUCAUCGGCCGCGACGACGGCGACGCCGGUAACGACGGCGUCGGCGACCGUGCCGUUGGCCACCUCCGGCGUCGUCUCCGGAAGCGUCGGCAUCGCUAGGAGCGUUUCCGCGCCGAGUGCACCGCGACCGGUCGUCCAGAUUAGCAGCUCCUCGGCGAGCGCUUCGGCAGCGCAACGGCCGAGGCUCAGGAGGAAUCAAAGUCGCACCGAGGCCAUCCGGAAUUAUAUUAAACGCGAGACAGCUCAGUUCUUCGGGGUCGAUGAGGAAUCGGAGGCCUUGGAGAAGCAGAGAUGGCUGGACCGACGGCGACGCAUGGCGUCGAGGAAGUACGGCGCGCUGGUACCGGAACACAGGCCGCCGGAUCCGGACAUCACCCGGGACGUACCGGACACGACCGAGACACCGGAAGGUGUCACUCUCAGACGAUGGCAGCAACCAGUACGGAGGAAAGAUUCUGUAGCGAGGAUGACGCUGUCGGGUCUUCAUUACAUCGUCGAGUCGUUGACAAGGCAGCGUCCUCGCGAACGCGGACAAUCACGUCCGGAGUCGCGGAGCUUCCCGCCAAGCACGAUCGCGUAUCUAUCGAGGACAGUGACCUCGGAUCCUGACAGCGGCCAGGACGAGGACGAAACCUUUUUCGAGAGGCCUCCACCGCCACCGCCGCCGCUUCCGCCGCCGCCGUCGUCUCAACAGUCGCAGACGCAAAUCGAUCAGACCUCCAGUGGAUUAGUGAAGGACGAAGAGGUCGGCGCUAAGAUAGCAGAUAUUCUCGACACUACGCAAGAUCGCGAAGGGAUUAGCACCGAGGAGUUAGUUGGGUUCGCACAGCAAAAAGACGAUAGGACGACGGUCGACGGACAAGUCAGACGACCCCGUUCGAUCACGAGGGACCACUAUAUUUCCAGUUGGAGCAGGUCGAAGUACGACGCGCCUCCGGCGGAGAGUACGAGAGCGCCGCAGGAGGAGGGGGUGACUCUUCGCAGCCGGGAGGUAGCCGGGGCCACGAGGAUCUCUCGUAGCACGAUCGAUCGUGUCUUCGACAACAGCAAUCGGCGGCGAUAUGGCAUGGGCAUUGUCGGUCGCUUCUUCGGGCGAUCAUUUCGGAAAAGCGUCGCGCACAAGCCGGACAUAAAGAAGCAAUUGGACAAUUUCGAGGAUCACCGACCGUACUUCACAUACUGGAUCACUACUGUGCAAGUAUUGAUUCUGAUAAUAUCGCUGGCGUGUUAUGGAUUCGGUCCUGUGGGGAUGGAUCUCAACCAUCGAUCGGGAUUGGUUCUCGUAACGAGUCUGUCAUUACAACAAGUCGACUAUCAGGAACCCGCGAACUUCUGGUUGGGCCCGAGAGCCGCGGAUUUAAUUCACCUUGGCGCUAAGUUUGCACCAUGUAUGCGCCGGGAUAUCAAGAUACUGAAGGAGAUCGAUGUGUGGCGAGAAAGAGAACGGGAUACCGCUUGCUGCAUCAGGAACGACGACUCUGGCUGCGUUCAGUCCAGCAAAGCAGACUGUUCUGUCCGAGGAUUGAGAUCCACUGCUAUGAAUACAAUAUCGACUUGGAAGAAGUGGGGACCCGGGGACAGCGGGCCCGGUGGCCGUAUCAGUGGAUCAGUUUGCGGACUGGACCCAAAGUUCUGCGACGCUCCGGCAAGCAUUGCACCUUACGAGUGGCCAGAUGAUAUCACCAAGUGGCCAAUCUGCCGGAAAACCAAUCCUUUUAGCCAACGCUUCAGUAAAAACGGGGGUCAACGGGGCAACACCAACUUUCCCAUCGGCCGUUACAAGGAUAAGAUGGCGGAGCAUAUGGUGUGCGAAGUGAUCGGCCACCCGUGUUGUAUCGGGAUUCAUGGAAUGUGUCGAAUCACCACGAAGGAGUACUGUGAUUUUGUCCAUGGUUACUUUCACGAAGAGGCAUCUCUAUGCUCCCAGGUGGAGUGUCUGCACGACGUCUGCGGAAUGAUACCAUUUCUGCAUCCGGAAUGGCCGGACCAGUUCUACAGACUUUUUACCACCAUUUUUCUUCAUGCCGGAAUCGUCCACUUGAUAAUUACGUUGCUGAUCCAAUACUUUCUGAUGAGAGAUUUGGAAAAACUAACAGGCUCGUUGCGCAUUGCUUUGAUCUACUUUAUUGGUGCUCUUGCUGGGAAUUUGGCCAGCGCAAUCUUUGUCCCUUAUAGGGCAGAAGUUGGUCCAGCCGGCGCACAUUUCGCUCUGCUUGCCACGCUAGUGGUCGAAGUGCUGCAUUGCUGGCCGAUGCUGAAGCAUCCGCGUCGUACGCUAUCCAAGCUAAUCUUGAUUCUUCUGGGGCUGCUUGUAUUGGGUAUCCUACCAUGGAUAGACAACUACGCGCAUCUGUUCGGCUUCAUCUUCGGCUUCUUGGCGGCCUACGCACUGAUGCCAUUUAUCUCGUUCGGCCAUUACGAUCGUAGACGAAAGAUUUUGCUGAUCUGGGUCUGUCUGAUCCUGAUCGUGGGUUUGUUCGCUCUACUUCUUGCCCUCUUUUACAACGUACCGGUGUACGAGUGCGAGGUGUGCAAACUAUUCAACUGCGUACCGUUCACCCGCGACUUUUGCGCCUCUCAGAACAUCAAUUUCAAGCGGGAGGAGCCAGUAUGACACACGGGGCCGCGGUUCACAGUCGAGCGCGGAAUUGUUCCGCUCGGCCCCCGACUUCACGCUCCUCAUUAUCGCGCGCAUCACCACAAUACGCCAUUACUGUUCGUCGCGCUCGCUCUGACGACGCUCCUCGUCGACUCCCAAACGCGUAUCUGAAGAAGCCACAAGAUCGGUUGGACUUUAAUAAAAGAGAUCUCUUCGCUUAAAGGAUAACCACAGCUCAAAAUCGUCAAAAGCCUUAACUGUACGAAGCCGAAGAAAACUUCUUUAAAAUCAAUCAGAAGAGAAUUUCUUGGAUUUUUAAAAAAAAGUUUAAAAAAGAUUUCUUCAUUUCUCGAGGAAGCUAUAUGUAACAAAUUUUUUUAGAUUUCUAAAGAAGUUGGAGAAAAAUCAAUAAAUGUUUCCCUUCAAUCUAGCUGGAAGAAAUACCGGGAAAAGAAGUUGUGUAUUUUAAAUUUUUAUGAAGGUUACGAAAGAUCAAUAUUUUUUUUUCAUUGUAGUUACCGAGAAAGAGGAAGAAAGUCUCUUUACAGGAAAGGAAUUUUGAAUUCCUGAAGAAACUAAAAAAACUUAGAGCGCUAAUUUCCUGUCUUUUCGAUAAAAACUGAGAGAAAGAAUGAAUGUACAUUCAUCUGGCCAUCAAUCGAGAUAUUUAACGAUUUCAUCGAGCUGCGAAGAUCAUCAGAUUUACGUUAUCCCGGCUGCAAGAUUGCGGCGCGCAAACUUUGAAAAUACUCUUACUACUUAACGACUGCGCUUCCACGAUGACACUGUUCGAAUCACCAAGCUUCUGAAAUUUCGCGAGCCCAAAGUUCCAUCGUUCCAGAGAGUUUUUCGAACUUUUACCAUCCACGAUCACAUUUUUCAAUCGUUCGCGUUAUUCGUAAAAGUGAUAUCACGGUGCGUUCGGGGUAUAUGGGGGUUUGAUAGUGCCUGGAUCGAGCGGGUGAAGGUGAUGGAUCCCGACCGACAUUUUCGCUACUGCCAACGAACGUUAGAGAGAAAGAGAGAGGGAGAGAAAGAGAGAUAGAAGAACUCGUGUUCGUCGACGUACGACGAUGCCUUAACAUUAUUAAGUCCCAGCGUAGUGAGUGGCUCCCGACGUGAGCUGGCCGGGGCCCAGCGGGGGGCCUUGAGGGAGCCCAAGGACUCUGAAUCGCCGACGGAGUGUAAAUAAAUUCACCGCGGGUCAUUGACGUUCCGCGAUGACGAUGACGGAUGGAUGCGCCACUGGAUCGUCUCUGAGAUCCCGCGGAGUUUGGCGCGCGGUUAGCAUCCAUCUUUUCCCGAGGUGUUAAUAAGAUAAUGGAGGAGGAGAGCCAGAUGUAAAUAGAAUCGAGUCUUGUUACCAUUGUAAGAGCGACCUUAGUAAGCUAACUUUAGGGAGAACCUUGAAAGUGCGCACGUCUUUCGUCUCUGCACGAUAUAGUCCCCCGCACCUCCGACAUCCGGAACUAUUGUCUGUGAUGGCUUGACCUUGGAGAUAUUUUUCGUAGCACCGCGACGGCCGUAAUGACGAUGGCCGCGAGCCUUCCUGCAGGGACGUUCGGUGGAUGUCCAUCAUCUGGAUACCAAUCGAUUGUUCGCUUAUGCGAAACAUUCGCGAAUUUCGUGAUACUUAGCACUUUUGUGGAAAAGAUCAAAUUAAGAUAUAUACUUAAGAUAGGUAUAUCUUCUUCUUCAAAAUUACUUCAACGUACUCAAAAAUUUUCUCAUUUUAUAUUGUUUUUAAUGUUACUGAAGAUAUAAAGACAUUUUAGAUAAAUAACUUUAUGAUUAUCAGCAUAAAGUAUUAUGUAGUCUAUAUAUCGAUAAAAUAAAAUUUUAACUAUUUAAAA